AUGGAAACCAAAAUCUCCUCCCACCAGCACAAUUUCCACGUUGAAUCCUCGAUUGUCAUCCGACAAGGCGUUAAGCUCCUUCGCGGUAUCCAAUCCGGUAAUUUUCUCUGAGGUAUUCUUCUCCAGGACAAUGUAUCCGCGUGAAACUCGGCGAACUAGAAUGGACAUCUCUUAUUGCCUGUCAUCUUUUGCACGAAAUUUCUACUCGAAGCUAAGUCUUGAAGAGGGAGACACGAUCGCCGGGACAAGAGCUUUAUUAGCCUGACGUUUCGGAUUCGUACUCGAAUCCAUCAUCAGAGACAAAAGAUGAAGAUGAUGCUGCUGCUGCUGCUGCUGCUGCUGCUGAUGAUGAUGAUGAUGAUGAUGAUGAUGAUGAUGAUGAUGAUGAUGAUGAUGAUGAUGAUGAUGAUGAUGAUGAUGAUGAUGAUGAUGAUGAUGAUGAUGAUGAUGAUGAUGAUGAUGAUGAUGAUGAUGGAUUCGAGUAG